AUGUUUAUAAUAAAUAUCCUUUGUUUAAAACUCAUACUGGCGGGUUUCGCCAUCAUUAAUACCAUUGCUGCCUUAACAAACGAUGGUACCGGUCAUUUAGAAUUCUUUCUACAGCAAGAAGAGGGGAUGUAUUACGCAACAACCUUAGAUAUAGGUACGCCGUCUCAACAACUGACAGUAUUGUUUGAUACCGGGUCUGCUGAUUUUUGGGUUAUGGAUUCUAGCAAUCCUUUUUGCUUACCAACUUCAAAUACGUCAUCCUAUUCAAACGCAACUUACGAUGGCGAAAGGGUUACGCCCUCAGUUGAUUGCGGGUCUAUGAAUACUUACAACGACAAUAGCUCUUCCACCUAUCAAAAUCUGGAUAAUGGUAGAUUCUACAUUACUUAUGCUGACGAAACAUUUGCUGACGGCACUUGGGGGACGGAAACUGUAUCAAUUAAUGGAAUUGACAUCCCUAACAUCCAGUUUGGUGUAGCUAAAUAUGCUACGACACCCGUUAGUGGUGUCCUGGGAAUUGGGUUUCCUAGAAGGGAGUCCGUUAAGGGCUAUGAAGGUGCUCCUAACAAAUAUUAUCCUAAUUUUCCACAAAUCUUGAAAAGUGAACAAAUCAUUGAUGUGGUCGCAUAUUCUUUGUUCUUGAACUCGCCUGAUUCUGGUGCUGGCUCGAUUGUUUUUGGUGCCAUUGAUGAAUCAAAGUUCUCCGGUGAUUUGUUUACUUUCCCUAUGGUAAAUGAAUAUCCCACAAUAGUCGAUGCACCUGCGACGUUAGCAAUGACUAUACAAGGUUUAGGCGCUCAAAACAAAAGUAACUGUGAACAUGAAACGUUUAUGACGACCAAGUACCCGGUAUUGUUGGACUCAGGAACCUCGCUAUUGAAUGCGCCCGAGGUCAUAGCAGAUAAAAUGGCUUCUUUUGUAAACGCGUCCUAUAGUGCAGAGGAAGGUAUAUACAUAUUAGAUUGCCCAGUAUCUGCAGAUGACGUAGAAUACAAUUUUGACUUCGGCGAUUUGCAAAUAAGUGUUCCACUAACUAGUCUGAUUUUGAGUCCCGAGACGGAAGGUGGUUAUUGUGGGUUUGCGGUCCAGCCAACAAACGAUUCGAUGGUUUUGGGCGAUGUAUUCCUGUCCUCUGCAUAUGUUGUAUUCGAUCUCGAUAAUUAUAAAAUAUCUCUAGCACAGGCAAAUUGGAACGCUAGUGAGGUUUCGAAAGAACUAGUGGAAAUUGGGACAGAUGGGUCUAUUCCAGGCGCCAAGACUGCUACAGCUGAACCCUGGUCCACUAACGAACCUUUUACAGUCACCUCUGAUAUUUACUCAUAUAUCGCCUGCAAGAGUAAGCCUUCCGUUCAAUCACCAACAGCCUUUUCGUAUAUUGUACAAACGAGCGUGGAAACUCGCAACUGCUCUAUAAAAGUACCAGGCGCCAGAUCAACGACUAUUUUAAGCAAAACUACUCAAUACAGUGAUAUGCACCAAACUAUAAAGGCUACCACAAAAAAAUCAAACGGUACUAAAUUAAAAUCAUCUUCGACUACGGAGAAUUCAGGCGGUGUCCCGGUUCCCACCUCGAUUUCUUUAGAUACAGGGUUUACCCAUUCGAUAUCCCAAAACACCAGCAGUCCAAGUGUAGUAGAGCAUUCUACGCUCAACCCAACAGUUGUGCAUGAAACUAAAAAUCGACCUGCUCACAAGACAAUCAUAACAGAAACUGUUACGAAGUAUUCUACAGUCCUGAUAAAUGUCUGUAAGCCAACAUAUUAA